AUGCAGCAAGGCUUUACAACCAUUUCACCUGGCGUUCUAGUUUCCUUUGGGGAAGGACUGACUGAGGUCGAGGGCGGAGAAGAUCCCAAUGUUAUCAUCGUUUGCGGUUGGCUCGGCGCCAACCUAGCGCAUAUAGAAAAAUACACGAAAGUGUAUAGGGAGAGGUAUCCGAACGCGACCAUAUUCCUAUUGCGCUCGUAUCACAAUUUCUUUUGGAGUUCUGAACGGACAAUCGCCUCGAAGAUAAUGCCGCUGGUGGCUUGUUUAAACACGCUAGGGUGCAUCAAGUUUACCAACGGGCGUCCAUCUACUCUCAUAGAUCCACCACUACCUGUUACUUUAUCUCCCCUAUCGACACCACGGAUCUUGCUUCACUCAUUUUCUAAUGGCGGAUCUCUCAACGUCGUAGCACUGGCAAAGCUAUUAUCAGUUAUGGGAUGCACCCCGGUCCGCCACAUCUCUGCCAUGAUCAUAGACUCAUCCCCCGGAGGCAACUUCACCACUACAAAACGCGCGUUCAGCGGAUUCGUCAAGAACCCCAUUCUCAAGUAUUUGGCGCUCGUCUUCAUCCAUAUCUUCUAUUUUUCACUCUACGUCAGAGGGAAGUUGCUAGGCCACCGAUCACCCUUUCAGGUAAUAACCGACAACUUUGUGAAACCGAACAUUCUACCGUGGAUGGACGCGCGUACGCCUAGAUUGUAUGUGUUCUCGAAGACGGAUGAGUUAGUGCCGUGGGAGCACGUUGAUGCAACGGCGAAGCUGAGCGCGAAGGCUGGGCUGGAUACUCGAGUUGAGAUGUAUGAAGAUAGCCCGCAUGUUGCUCAUGCUCGGACCGAUCCUGCGAGAUAUUGGGGAGCCAUUAGAAGGAUGUGGGAGGCUGCGUUGAAGACCCAGAAUGAGUAA